AUGGGCAAAUCUGUUGAAGAUAGCGAUUUUAACGAUGAGAAAAACCUAAAAAAUAAAAAAAUAAAGACAAACUAUGUGCCAAAAGAGUCAAGUCUUUCUUCAGAUGAAAUAAAAUUAGCCAAAAUUAUUUCACAGAUCAGAUCAAAAUAUGAAUAUAAUACUCAUAAUAUGCCUUGUUAUAUCGAAGACCAAAACCAUCUUCAAUUAACACCUCUGCUUUUACAUUUAUGGGUACAAGAUAUGAAUGCUGGAGGUGCAACAGUAGAAGUCCUACCUUCCUACCCUGUAUUUGGAAUAGCUUAUGCCAUUAAAGUCAAUAAACAAUUAAAUAUUUCACAACCAACAUCUUCAAUUUCUGAUUCAGUUCCAACCUUUUAUAAGUUUUUUAAAAAACUAAAUAAAGCUUAUAAUGAUGGUAACGAUAAUUAUUUAAAAUUGGAAGUGGUAUUUGCAAGAGAAAAACUAACUGUAAAUGGUAUUAAAGAUUUAAAUGACGAAUAUCUAAAGGAAGAGCUAAGGAUUACAAAAUGUGAAUAG